GCGGGUUUGCGCCCCGUCUGGUCUCUGGCCUCGGCUCCAGCCUCCCGGCCGGGCUAAUCAGCGCUGCCCUGGGUCCUGGCUCGGCGGCGCGGCCGCUCCCGCUGGAAGUGUCGCUGGAAACUCUGAGUGGCGCUCCCCGCCCCGACGCCAGCCCUGCGGGGGAGGGGGCCGGCCAGGCAGCUGGGAAAGCGGCGCGGGCUCCCCGGGGACCCUCGGCCGCCCCUCCCGGCGCCGCGGCCCGGCCGGCCCGCCCCCUCGGCGGGGGACAGCGGCACCCCCGCGCCCCCAGCGCGCUCCACGCCCAGCGCCGGCCAGCCCCGCCCCCAGCCCGGCCCGCAGUCCGGCUCCGAGGGGGACGGACUCCACGGCGUCCGCGCGCCCCUCAGCCCCCGCGGUCCCCCGUUUCCUCCUCGCGCCCCAUCCUGCGCGUGUCCGGGCCGGGUCACGAGGACGGACGCCCUGUCCCCGCUUUUGGUGCCUCCCCGCGCCAGGCCGUCACCGCGCCAGGCACGAGCGCGCGGAGAUGCCCGGGCGCUCCAGCUCGCCCGCAGCCCGUGCCACCUGCUCGCCGGGGAAGGGGAGACGAGGAGGAGCCCCCAAGCCUUGACCCCAGCAUGCAGGCUUCCUCCUGCACCCUCCCGGCUGGCCUCAGUCUGGACGAUUUCAUUCCCCGCCACCUCCGGAACCGCACGGCGUCCUCCUCCGGGGGGACAAGGUUCCACGACCCUGCGCCCAGGACCGUGUGCAAUGGGCAUUACCCCCCGAGGAGAGAAGCUCCCCGACACUCAGACUCCGCCUGGUAUCAGACCUGGCCAGGCCCUGGGAACCGGGCCCCGGGGAGUCAAAAGACCCCCAACCCCCAGCAUGCCCAGAACUGGUCAGCCACAUGGACCAAGGACAGCAAGCGUCAGGACAAGCGCUGGGUCAAGUAUGAGGGGAUCGGGCCGGUGGACGAGAGCGGCAUGCCCAUUGCCCCCCGAUCUAGCGUCGACAGCCCUAGGGACUGGUACCGGAGAAUGUUCCAGCAGAUUCAUCGGAAAAUGCCGGACCUGCAGCUGGACUGGACUUUUGAGGAGGGACCCAAAGCUGCCUCCUCCAACGCGGCUUCUGCGGAACUCAGGCAUCCUGGCCUCCAGCAGAAACCGGCCUGCAGGCCAGGCCCAACCUCCCUGAGCGGAAAAAGCUGGGACUCCUCUGAAGAGUUUCCUCAAAGCACUUUCAACUCUAACUCCGGAGUGUCCCCAUCUCUGCUCCAGACCCCGACCCAGGCACCCAGGGGCCGAGAAAAGGCGGACAGUGUCUGGACAGAAGAUUCCUGGAACCAGUUUCUGCAAGAGCUAGAAACGGGGCAGAAGCCCAAGAAACCUCUGGUGGAUGAUGCUGUUGAGAAGCCCCCCCAGCCCAUCGAGGUCCUGCUGGAGCGGGAGCUCGCCAAGCUGAGCGCCGAGCUGGACAAGGACCUGCGGGCCAUUGAGACCCGGCUGCCGUCCCCCAGGGUUCAAAGCGCGCGGGCGCCCCGACGCCCCCGGGAGCCGCGGGAGCCGCGGGAGCCGCGGGUCGCGGCGCGCCCGGCCUCAGCCUGGAGCUCCAGUGCCCCGAAUGCACUUUACCAGGGCUCCUCCCGGCCCCUGAGCCCCCACAGAAUGGCGGAAACGGGGAGCCCCUUCCUGGGCCGGAGGGACUUUGUCUACCCCUCCUCAGUCCAAGACCCCGGGGCCCCCGACCGAGGGCGCAGCCCUGCCAGGAAGGAAGAGAAGAGGAGGGCCGCCAGGCUCAAGUUUGACUUCCAGGCACUGUCCCCCAAGGAGCUGACCCUGAAGAAGGGUGACAUUGUCUACAUCCACAAGGAGGUGGAUAGGAACUGGCUGGAGGGAGAACAUCACGGUCGGCUGGGCAUCUUCCCUGCCAACUACGUGGAGGUGCUGCCUGCUGGGGAGGUCCCCAAGCCCAUCAAGCCCCCCACCUACCAGUUGCUGGAGUAUGGAGAAGCCGUGGCCCUGUACAACUUCAAGGGGGACCUGGACGUGGAGUUGUCCUUCCGCAAGGGCGAGCGCAUCUGCCUGACGCGGAAGGUGAACGAGAACUGGUACGAGGGCCGCAUCUCGGGCACCAGCCGCCAGGGCAUCUUCCCUGCCAGCUACGUGCAGGUGAACCGGGAGCCGCGCCUGCGGCUGUGCGACGACGGCCCCCAGCUGCCCGUGUCCCCCCUGCCCGCCUCCUCCCGCGUGGCCCGCCACCCCGGCUCCCCCGUAACACCGCACACUCCAGUCGACCCCACGGACUGGGGGGGCCGGACCUCCCCCCGCCGCACCGGCUUCACCUUCCCUCCGCAUGACCUCCGAGCCCAGACCCAGAUGCCCCAGAGUCUCAGCACCCCGGCCUCCACUGUGACCCAGCCUGGAGGCUCCACUCGGUCCGUGGACCUGGGGACUUCCCCGCCCAGCACCACUCAGAUACACUGGACCCCGUACCGGGCCAUGUACCAGUAUAGGCCCCAGAAUGAGGACGAGUUGGAGCUGCGUGAGGGCGACCGGGUGGAUGUCAUGCAGCAGUGUGACGACGGCUGGUUCGUGGGGGUCUCCCGGAGGACCCAGAAGUUUGGGACAUUCCCUGGAAACUACGUAGCCCCAGUCUGAGCCGUCUCCGUGGCAGCCCAGAGCCCAGCCAGGAUGGGGUGGGGGAGGAGCAGCACUUCUGGGAGGGCGCGAGCCCCCCUCCGGCCCCUCCCUCCCCAGGACCGAGCUGCUGGCAUCUACAAACAACCCCAGCGACGUUGCCCGAGCCCCCGGGACCGAUUCUCACCCACAGCUCACAAGCAUUCCUCUGACAGUCCUUUUAUUUCCUCCCCUCCCCGGCGCCCCAAAUACAGAGGUCUGCUUUGAAGUGGAGACAGUUUCCAGGCCUUAUUGAGACCAGACCCCCGCGUCCCCAGCCCACCCUGCUCUGGCGUUUCCUCUAACAGGGACCGGCUCCCAGCUUCACCCCCAUGGGGUUCCUCUAACGAGAACCAGCUUCCUAACCUCACAGACCAAAGGCCGCCUGUGCCUGAGGGGUCCCCCCCUUCUCUCCAGUUCACCUCUGCCUCCUUGCCUGCCUGUUUCCGGCUGGCCUGGGGGUGCAGCGGGGGGUUGGAGGUAGACUCGAUGCCUUCUCAGCCUGGAGGCAGAGCCCUGCUUCCUCGAGGCUGCCCGCCUGGGCCUGCACCCUGGGAAUGCCCGGGGAAGGGGCCGCCUGGAGGACUGACCUCUCCAGAGGUUUGCAGGUGCCACCGCCCACCUCCCCAGCUUUUCCCAGGCCCCGGAGCAACUCUGGAAGGGAUUGUGAAAUAAAUUUGGACAC